AUGACUGAGCUAUCCAAGAAGAGUGCGAAUGAUUUUGUAAUAAUCUCUAAGAUUCUCCCGCUCUAUUGUGGUCCUCACGUGAAUAUUAACAUUGAAUCAAGCAAAGACGAGUAUACUAUCUCGAAAGAUCUGGUCUGCGUAGAGUCGUCAUAUUUCUCGGCGAUCUUCGAGGACCAGUAUCUAGAUUCCCAUCAGCAGACAGUGAUUUUCAAAGGGGAGGAUGGCAUUGUCUCGAAACAGAACCUGGAAGCCCUGAUUCAAUGGUUGUAUCUCCGUAUGGUGAUAUUCAAUAUAAAGAAUCCCGAGGCUCAGAUAUCAGGGGCCAUUGAGCUCGUGGGCUAG